UAUAUAUUUUCAUCUUACAAUCUUGUUAUGAUCAAUAAUGAACAAAGUCAUCAUGACAAAGCUCCAAAGAUUUGAGAAAAUUAGGCAACUUCACACCAUCAUAUCUCAAGAAACCAUCAAACCAUUAUCACCAACACCUCCUCACCUCAAAAUUCACAAACUUUCAUUAAUUGAUUACUUUGCUCACCACACUCACAUGCCAUUGAUUUUCUUCUACCAAAACUACAAAAUUAGUGAUACCAACAUCCUAAAGAAGUCAUUGUCACAAUGUUUAACACAAUACUAUCCAUUCGCGGGUAGGUUCCAAUCACCUUCCGCGGAUCACAUCGCCUGUAACGAUGAAGGGGUCAAGUUCUUGGAAGCGUCUAUCGACAGUCCAUUAGAUUACUUCCUUCUCAAGAAAGAGCAAGACAAAACCCUAGACCAACUCAUUCCUAAUGGUCUAGAUAACCAUAACAUGAUGGAGAUACAACUUAACCAUUUCACCUGUGGUGGCGCCGCACUAACCGUCUCUGUAUCGCACAAGAUCGCGGACGGGGUCACCACGCUCAACUUAUGUAACCACUGGGCCGCUUUGACACGUGGCGAAUCGCCAGUAAACCCUAGUUUUGUAUUUUUACCUAAAAGUAACUUUAAUAUUCCUGACUACCAAGUUAUGGGUACAUGCAAGGUUGAGUAUGCAAAUAGAAUAUUCAAGUUCCCUAAUUCGAAACUUAACGAAUUAAAGAAGACGAUUGACGCGAUGGGUGGUAUUACUCCAGUAAACCCUACGCGAGUCGAAUCGUUGACAUCUCUACUCUUUAAAUGUGCAGUGGGAGCUGCCACAACAAAAUCAGGUUGUUUGCAUCCAUCAAACUUGUUUCAAGCAGUGAACUUGAGGAAUAAAGACAGUAAAGGUUUUACCAAACUGACAGCAGGCAACUUAUCUGUAAUGGUGUUUGUAGAGAAGAUGGAUUCGGGUCAGAUCGAGUUGGACCAGGUGAUUACUAGUUUGAGAAAAGAGAUUGUGGAGCAAAGAGAUGUGAAAGAGUUAAGUGAAGUUUUGGAAAAAUCAGUUUUGGUGUUUAUGAAUGGAUGUCCAAACUACACGUUUACGAGCCUGUGUAGGUUGCCGUAUAACCAAGUGGAUUUCGGGUGGGGAAAGCCCGAUCGGGUGAUGUUACGAGUAGUGCAUCCGGGAAGUUAUUUCAUCUUGAUGGAUACCGCGUGUGGAGAUGGGAUAGAAGUGACAGUGCAGUUGGAAGAAGAUGAAAUGGCUAUCUUUGAAAAUGAUAAAGAGCUUCUUGCAUAUGUUCAAGAUAUUUGAAGAUCGAUUUAUGUUUUUAUUGUGUACCAUUUUAUAAAUUGUUUUCCAAGUUAAGUUUGAAAAACAAAAUAAAAAGAAUCAAUUCAGGUCUCA